GAUAUUUUCUCUUUUUAUUUUUAUUUCUUCCUUCACUCCUUGAGACUCCUGCAGCCCUGACACCAUUGGGCCCGCCGCAAUCCGUAUUUAUAUUGCACAUCUACACCAAGUGACAAAAUCUUCUUUUUUAUGCCGUCGUUAUCCGACACAGAAAGCGCCGCCGCACAAGCUGCACGGCCCAUACCAUUUGCUGCCCCCAUUCGCAAUGCAUCCCAAUCUAUGAAGCAAUCCAGUGUACCUCGUCGACUUUCCCGUCAAGACUCGAUGAAUCCCCGUCGUCAAUCUAACGCCUCCCAAACUACGGAAUCGGUCUCUCCGUCCGUGUCAUGGCCUAUUGUCUUGGCAAUCGUUCCAACCUUGGGCGCGUUUGUUGCUGGCAGUGCCGAAGUCUGGAGUGACCUGAUCAUGGUGCUGCUGAUUCUAUAUUAUACUUACAAGUGGGUGACAGUGCCUUGGAAUUAUUACGAAAGCGCUCGAUCACGACGUAUUAUCAAUCAAAACUCACGAGUACCGUUACCGGCCCAUAUGAAUGAUGAAAAAAAAGCUAUUGAAAUCAAAAGGAAGCAGAUGGUGGCGAAAGAGCUUCGCCAACACGAGUUAAUCGGCCUUCUUUGGGUGUUGGCGUCCCCUAUUAUAGCCGGAUUGACUCUACAAUACAGCAGACGAUUCUUGAGCAAUCAAGAUAAAUAUCUCAGCAGUUUCAACAUUGCUGUUUUUGUACUCGCCGCUUUAAUCAAACCGAUCGUACAUUGUAUGAGUAUGCUCAAGGACCGUACACUCUAUUUGCAAAGCGAAAUGCAAAUCGAAGAAGGUGAAGUAGAGGUCUUGCGGGAAAGAAUAUAUGAAUUGGAAGACGAGUUGCAGAGUUUGAAGAAAGCAUUCGCCACCAAGAAGGAUCUGGGCCAGGUUACAAAUGGAAUCGGCCCAACUUUGAAUCAACUUGCCAAGUCUGUUAAACGAUCGGAGAAAAGGGAACAGCUUUUGCGUAACUACUCUGAGGAACGAUUUAACUUUGUGGACGCCAAGAUGCGAGAGUUUGAUGACUACAUUGCCAAGCGUAUGGAACAAGACAGAUUACGUACCUCAAGAGGUCUUAUAGCCUCUCUGAUCUUUUUGCCUAUGACCGUCACCAUGUGGACGCUUAAGCGGGUUACCCAUCUAUUGCCACUUCCCAAAACCCUCCUACUCCGCUCUACUCUCCCUCCCAAGCCUAUCAAAGCUUACCAUGACUUGCGCUCUUCACCGCCUAUUGAUAACCGAAAUCAAAACCUGAUCCCGGAUGCGACUGAAUUGGAGCGGGAAAUCAGAUAUCGCAGACAUAUGAACAGCGAUCCAAAUGAGAGCAGCUAUAUGAGUGGAGAAGAAUCGGUUGCUGCGUUUGGUCGAGGUCAUCAGUAAUAGCCGAUCAAUGUUGUAUGCUGCUUAACCCCCUUCGCCACCUCUUUAUCCACUUUCGCCCAUCCCCACAUUGUCCAAUGAAUAAUACAGCAGCGGGCCUGCUUUUGUGAUCUGCUCAACAUGGGAUCCGUCUAUCCAAUCGAAGCGGUCAUCGUUCCAAAUUUCUUUUUGUUUUUUUCCAUCCAUCCCUACAAGACCCUGCCGGCAUCAAUGCAGCAUCGCCUGCUCUGCUCAUCAUUUAUCCCUGUCUCCCCUGCCCCCCUUAUUAUCAUCUUUAUGCCUUACACUCACCUGUAUCUACUAUUAUAUCCCCUCCCCCUUCAACCAACCUCGUCCUACCAUCUACAAAAUUGCUCAUACUUCUUGUUUUGAAAAAAAUGAGCAAACCAAAAAUCAAACUUCUUACGUGUUUCUAAAUGAAUAUAUAUA